GACCCCAGCGGCGUACACUCCGGCGCGCUACAAAAGGAGGCCCCCCAGGGCCCUUCUCGUUACAAAGGCCUGCGCACAGCUCUGAGAGCUCGGUCAGCUCAACCUUCUGCACGCCAUGGCUUUCAUGAUCCCUGCCGUCCGCAACGAAUACGACAUCUACCUCAGCCGGAGUCCACGGAACUCCGGUUCUCCGCCGACGCAAGAAUGGCAGACCAGUAGCGUCGAGGAAUACCUGAGGACCCUGCGCGGACCUGCGAGCCAAAACAACAACAACAACAACGUGUUUAUGAAGAACAACAACCUCUGUGCAAGUAGGGACCGUCCAUCCUGUUCUACGUCGCCUCAGCGCAAGACGAGCAGAGACCUGUGCAGCAUGCACGGAAACACCGACCCGGUGCUCAUCGAGAAGCUGAAGAAGUGCGACCCGUCUCGCUGUCUCCAAUACCAGCCCUUCAAGAUGGCUUUCAUGAUGCCCGUGGUUCGAAACGACUACGACAUCUACAACCGGAGUCGACGCAGCUCGCCCGAUCACAGCAAUACCGGCAGCCCCCUGGGGAGCACAAGCCUGUCCACGUCACCCAACGUCCACGGCAGUGGCGAAGACGUCCGCAAGAUGUACCGCACUCAGGAGCACCUGGACGCCCUAUGUCCACACCGACCAAGGUCAGGGUCGCUGACGUCACUCAAGAAGUUCCACCACCUGCUGGUGGAUACGCUAAAGCGCGCCGCGCAUCACAACAGCCACGUCCAUAUGGCAACUGGGGCGUCGCAUUCCGCUUCUGGAUCUGGCUUAAGUAGGGAGACUAAAGAGCAAGCUGACUGCGAUGACGAACAAGGAGAAGUCAAAGAAGAAGAAAAAAGUAAGUGAUGUGCUAGCCGGCCA